ACCGCCCGCCCAUCCGUCAGAAAUUGCCCGCCCAGCGCGUCGAUACCCAUGCAUCCAGGAUGUCAAACACCACCACCACUCCCUCCCAAAUCUAAACCCAACCCCUCCACCAAACCACCCAAGAGAAAACAAAGAAGAAAUGAACCCAACCACAAUCCCGACCUUCCUCCUCCCGCGAGGCCUCCCCGCAAGACGAACCCUGCAGUCCCUCACCAAAACAAAACCCCUUCACCGGACCGCCUCCAACAAAUCCACCAGCAAGAAAGACAAACCGAUCGUCCUCCCGCAACCGGACAAAUUCCGGCCGCCGUCGCACCCGCAGCGCCGCGUCGUGCGCACCAGCAAUGGCCGCGUGGCGGCCGCCGAGCCCGUCAAUUACGGCCCGCGGCUGACGGAAGCCCAGAAGGCGGAGCAGCGGAAGAAGCAGUAUCCCAAUAUGUUCCCGCCGGAGGGGACGGUGGCGCAUAAGUUUUUGACCUCGAGGGGGAUUCAUGUUUGGAUUGCUAUGGGCGUCCUCACAUCGCUAGCAACAUUCACAUUCACCACGAACUUCAAGCAAUCGUCGCCAUUCGCGCACUUGCUCCCGCCGUGGUCCGGGCUGUUGACGCACCCAAUCGAUACGGUGCGCACGGCGCUCUCGGUGUUCCGGAUGCAUGUCGAGCAUUCGUCGCAGCUGACGCGCGAGAAGCGGAGGCAGCGCGUCGAGGAUGCGGAGAAGAGGAGGCAGUAUCGGAUUGCGCAUGGGUUGGAGGAGGCGCCCGAGGCUGAGGAGGGUGCUGCCGCUGCUCCCGUGGCUGCUGCUGGGAAGGAGGCUGUGGAUGAGCAGUCGCCUGUUGCUAGGGAUGUUCAGGUUGAGGGGGCGGAUGCGACGUUUGUUGAUUGGGAGGGGAAGAGGAGGCCUGUGAAGAAGUGGCUGGGGAUUUGGUAGGUGGUCAUAAAUCAUGGAAAUGUGUUGGAGUUGGAUUCGGUUCUGUAAGGUGAGGAUGCGGAUGGUGAAACUUUAUUGAUAUCUUAUCUCUAUGUACAAUACUAG